UUAAAAUAUUGAACUUAUAAGGGAAGAAACGUCUAAUUUUCCAAUUUAAUGUUACUACUUAAUGUACUUUGAUACAGAUAUUUCCAUGUAAUACACCAUUUACAAAGGAAGUUAUUACCUAUAAUUUAAUACCAGUGCCAUAUAUAUAUAGACUACAAAUUCGUUAUUUAUGGAUUUUCCUUCGGAAAGAAAUUGUCGUAAUAAUCGAAAUACCCAUGGUACAGUUAGUUGAAAACGAAACUUGGAAAUUUUACACAGCGGAAGUUUUCAAUUAGUUUAUCUUGUACAUAUCGAUAACACUGUUUUAAAUAAAUGAAAUAACAAUUAUUUUAUGAAAAAAUAAUAUAAUUUGCAUUUAAAUUUUUAAGGAUUAAAUAAUGAAAAUACAUGAAGAUUCCGAAUAAACUGUGUGUGUAUAAAUAGAAUACAAGUAAGAUUUGGAUUUCCCGUUACACAUUUAUUCAGCUGGUUGCGAAGUAGACACUGUGCAGCAAAUAUGGCCGAAGGAGGUAACGCUAACGCGCCUGAAACUUUCCUAAGUGUUGAAACAGAUGCAGCGCCGAGUGUUGCUUAUGUGAACUUCGAUAAUCUGGAUAUAGGCAGUGAAUGUGAAAUAAAAACUGAAUCGAAAUUACCAGGGAGUAAACUCGAAGAACAUGACGAUGGUAGUAAACAAGAAAAUUGUGAGACCAAAUUUAUAACUGCCGCAAGUCCAGAUUGUGAUACAAAGCCUGAUGCAGACGGGAAUAUUGAAACAGGCUUGGGAAGUUUGAACCUUGUAGAGAAAGUUGAACCGGAAGUUGAUGUUACAGAACAUGAAUUCAUAGAUGAUUUAGAUAUUGGGGAUAAUGAUGGUGAUACUUUACUACAUACAUCUAUAAUAACUCUCGGGGCAGAUUUAGCCAGUGUGUUGAUUUAUUUAAUGGUAGAGUCCGGGAUUUCCUUAGACAUAGGAAACAAUCUACAGCAGACACCUCUCCACCUUGCAGUACUGACGAGACAAGAGCAAGUUUUGAUAGUUCUUCUCUCAGGAGGGGCAUCGGUUUAUCAAAGAGAUCAUUUGCUGAGGACGCCCAUUAUGAUAGCAUGCGAGAAUCAAAGUAUGAAGAUGUUAGAUUUACUGAUAAGCGGGGGUAAUUUUAGUCCUGAUUCAGAGGCCACAUCAAGGUUGCUUAACCCAAGUACCCAUCCCCUUGAUUUACCAAAUGCCGACGGGGAACGCUGUCUUCAUAUAGCCGUCAAGCACAACAACAAAGAAAUGGCGAGAAAACUGCUCGACAACGGAGCCAACCCUAAUCUCCCGGACAGGAAAAGUGGAAGAACACCAUUGCACGAAGCGGCUAACCUUGAUCAUACAGAGAUGGUUAAAUAUUUGAUUUCCCGGGACGAAGUUGAUAUAAAUGAGACCACUUACAAUGACGAGACUGCUCUUGAAAUAGCACACAUGCGCGGGAGAACAGAAAUCGUUACCUUACUGAAACAUCACAGUUUUCCAAUUACGAAGCGGAAGUCAAAAACGGAUAUACCCACGGGAUAGGAAACACAAUAAGGACAUCAGUGUAAAUAUCAUGUUUGAUUUAGAAGACCAUUAGGAUUUAUUAAAUGGCAGGGACACCACAUUACCCGCUCAUAAUGUACUUGUGAUAAAAGUCCUGCAUGCAAAUAAGAUCUUUGAAUAUAUAGUGCCACGGACAGACCAUACAGCAUAUGAACUGAUGUAUCAGAAAAAUGACAGAGUUCUUGCGGCAAAUUCACAUACACAGUCUGUAAAUGCAUGUAUAUAGUUAAAUGCUGAUUUUACAAUCGAGAAAACAACAUCAGUGCCAGGGAACAUAAAUUUAUCCAAUUAUUCUGUCCUCAGAUAGUAUAACAUCAUAUCGCAUUGUAUCUUUUUGUUACCGAUUUCAGAUUUUUGUUCAGAUUAUCCGUGGAUAUAAUUUUGUCUUUAACAACUUUUAUCAUGUGCUAAGUUUAACAGACUGAAAUAGUCUCCUCCUUGUAGGGAAUGAUAGUAAUAUGUAAAGACCUUGUGAAAUUUAGUGUAAGAAAAUCGUGUUUUCGAAUGACAGUAUUCCUCAUUUGUUGUUGUUGUGUUUUUUUUGUGUUGUUUUUAAAUAAAUAAAUAAAUAAAACUUGACAACGACAGCUUAUUUACGGUUGUCAUUUAAACAAAAUCGAUAAAUACCGUGUUUUAUACAAUCAUGUAUUUAUAUAUAAGUCACACAUUUUUACACUUCCUUCUAAAUUGAAACUAUGUAAAACAUAUGAUAACUGAUUUAAACACGGUGAUCUAUUUUUUUGUUUACAGUAUUUUAUUUACCUGUUGAAAUGCCAAAGUAGGUACACAUAUUUUUACUGAUAUAAAGAUAUAUAUUUUUUAAUUUAAUGGACUAUACAGUGCACUACUACUUUUUUUCUUUUCAAAAAACAAUGCCUAUACUGUGUUUGAAUCUACUUUAUGUUAUUCAGGACAAAGUGGGUCUUGAAAUUGCAAAGUGGUUUAUCUUUUGUUCAUGAGUUUUUUAACCGAUCUGACACAUAUCACAUUUUUGUUUUGUUUUGUAUUUAGUGUAAAUAUUACUUAAUCAAUUUCGACUGUAGAAAAAACAUAAAGCUUAUUCGAAUAACUCUGAACUAAUCAGAAUCUGCCUGCUGGAAAUGACCGGCUUUUGGUACAUUUGUAUUAGGAAACAUAUGGCGCCAAGUAGGGCUCGAACCCAUUGUACCUGGGCCGAGAUUCAGGCAGGCAGACAACUUAGCUACCCAUUUUUUUUGUAUUUGUUAGAAUGUAUUAUAGUAACGGAAUUAAGAACAUGACGCGGUCUAUUGAUAACGUAGAUUCCACCUGAUUUAUUAAUUACUUGAGUGUUGAAACAGCCACAUACAUGUAUAUUUUUGUUUGUUAUGAUUAUAUUUCAUGUAUUUGAUAGGUUUCUAAAAACAUCAUUGAACAAAUUCAGGUAGAGCGUGGAUUCCAAGUUGUGUCCCCCAACACCUUUUACAUAUUUCUUUCAUAUAUUUCACAUAUUUGCUUAGUAUAAUUUUGGAAGUUCUACAUGUUUAAUCAUGACAAGCAGAUCUCGGUGUUGAGGGGGUGGAUGCGAAGAUGGGAGGGGACGGGGCACCAUAGAGCUUAAACUACGAUUACUUGGUUAAAUGUGACUACGUAGAAAGCUUUUUGCUGUCUUUUGAGUACUUAAUCUGUGCUAUAUUAUGAUUUGUUAUGAUAAUGUUAAUAAAUAAUUGCUUUUGAUAAAACCAAAUAUGAUUGUGUAAACGGUAAAUGUUUAUCGUUUAAACAGACAGUUUACAAUUAUGUAAAACAAUCCAAGUUAAAUACAGUAUAUUGGAUAGUUUCCAAAUUUAUUAUCUUAAAUCUGUUGUUAAAAAGGAAUAGAAAAUAAAAAGUCGAAACUGUU